AUGACUAUAAUGAUAAUGACUAUUGUAAAUAAUAUGACAAUAUCGUUGGCCGAUGAUGUUGAUGAUAAAAGCCGAAAAAAUCACAUCAAUAAUAGUAGCCAUAUUUAUGAUGAAUAUAAUGGACAAUCAACAGGUCAAAUCAAUGAACUUGUUGAAUCUAUGAUGAUUGAUACAAAUAUAACAACAUCACCUCAACAGCAACAACAACAACAACAAAAUCCACAAAUAAACAGGCCGGAAACAUCAACGGCCAUGACAAUGAUAACAACAACAUCGACAAAAUUACCGCCAACUACAUAUCAUUAUAAUAAUCAAAGGAUAAAUCAUAAUAAGCCGCAGCAACAACAAAAUGAAUGGCAUUCCGCAAUUCAACAACAACAACAACAACAACAACAACAAUAUCGUACUCAUGCAAUAGGAAUUUCAUCCGAUUGGAUAAGAAAACGAUCUCAUCAGCCACCGUUGCUGUAUAAUCUAGGAUUAUCACCAUCAUCAUCAUCAUCAUCAUCAUCGUCUUUAUCAUCCUCCUCGUCAUCAUCAUCAUCAUCUUUAUUUAAGAAUGAACCACAAAAACAUCAACAACUUCAAUUACAACAUCAACGAUUACAGCAACAACAAUUACAACAACAACAGCAAUGUCCGGAAGGACCACCAGAACAAUGGUCACAACAAUUAGAUGUUGCUGGUAAAGCAUUAUUAUCACCAAUAGUAUUUUAUGGUGAAUUGAUCUCAUUAGCUGAAGAUUAUGGUGGCCGUAUUGGUGCAACAUUUAGAUUACUUAAAUUAAUUAAACCAGAUGUGACAAAAUUAUCAUCAUCAUCAUCAUCAUCAUCAUCAUCAUCAACAAUAAAUCAUCAUCAUUCAAUGAUGAAUCAUAAUAAUAAUGAAGAUUUAUCCAUAUUAAUACCGAAUCCUGAAUAUGAAACACAAGUAAAACUUUAUUUUGUACCAAAUCAAAAUGAAAGUAUGGAAAUACCAUUCUGUGCACUUUAUAUGCCAGAAAUUUGGAAAAAAUUACGAACAAAAACUAGAUAUAUUUUAUUUGCACAGCAACAAAUUUUAUCAUCACGUGGAUUUAUGUUACCAUCACAUUCAUCAUCAUCAUCAUCAUCAUCAUCAUCAUCAUCAACAUCUAAUAAUAAUGAUCUUCAUUCAAAAUUUCAUAAUCAUCGUCUAUCAUUUAAUGAUAAUAAUCGUAUUGUUGUUGGCCAUCAAUUAAUAUCAAUGAUAACAUAUACGAUACCAGAAACACUUAGUCGUAAUACUAGUCGUUUAGUAAGAAAAAUUCUUUGCCGUGAUUGUGCCAAACCAGCACGUAUUGCACAUAGCAGCAGGGAACGUUUGGAUAUUAUUGCCAAACAUAAUAUAACAUUAUCAUGUCGUGUUGAUGGUAAUCCAAUUCCAUGGAUCGAAUGGUAUCGUAAUGGUCGACGUUUACGUACACGACGACGUGUGAUAAUCAAUACACGAAGACGAAUAUCACAAUUAACUAUUGUACAUGCAUCCGUUAGACGUGAUCAUGGUACAUAUGAAUGUAGAGCAAUGAAUGUUGUAUCAAAAGAACCAUCAGUAAAACGAUUCCAUGUUAAUGUACAAUGGCCAAUAAAUCAUCCAAAACAUCGGCAAUCAUUAGGCAAUUAUCAUCAUCAUCAAAAUAAUGGUAAACAUCGACAUCCAUCAUCAUAUUCCGGUAUAAGAAAAACAACAAUUAAUAACGAUGAUGAUCGUAUUGGUGCCAAAAAUAAUGUGAUUAUUGGAACAAAUCAUCAUUAUAAUAUUAAUCAUAAUCAUCAUCAUCAAAUAUUGAAUAAUAAUGAUGAUGUUGAAAGUGAUGAAAUUCAUCAUUAUCAUCCACAAGUAACUGAUGAUGGUUUCAAUAGUUUUCAAGAUAAUUCUGAAAUUCCACAACCAUGUCCAAUUGCAUCAUUCUGUUUGAAUGGUGGUACAUGUUCAUUAUAUAAACAUCUUGGUGAAUAUGUUUGUGAAUGUGCCGAUGGUUAUAAAGGUCAUCGUUGUGAAUAUAAAGAUUUACAAAAAUAUCCGGUAAAAACAUUGGUCGAUUAUGAUCCCAUAGUUGCCCGUACACCACCUCAUUCCUUUUCGUCAAAAACCAAUGAAGAACGUGCCGAUAGUUGAAAGACCAAAGAAUUUUAGCUGUAAGAAUUUUUUUUUCGCA